AUGGCCAUGGAUUUCGUGGUGGACCUCUGCGGCGACGAGGAGUUCACCGACGAGGUCCCAGAGGAGUGGGUGCGUCGAGUGCAGGAGGUUUGUCCCCGUGCGCCUCGCGAAGCGGUCGUCGGGUCGCUUCGUGAGACACGGGACGAGUCUCGCACGAUCAACCAGCUCUUGGACGGUCUUCAGCCGGUACCCACCAAGCGGCCCCGACUGGAAACUCCACGUCUUGGACAUUCAGGCCAUGCAUCUACUUCAUUGCCCGGUGCAGAGACUACCGAGGAGACCCCGACAGGAAAGACGCCGCCAGGCUGGGGUCCUUUGCGAGCCCCGACAGCUCGCGACAUGAAGAUCCGGCGAGGUCCAGGAUCGCCCUUGCAGCCGCCCUCCUUCGAAUAUCUGGUCGUCUUGGACUUUGAAUGGACUGCAGACAACCGGAAGGCAGUGAAACCGAUCAGCGAGAUCACGCAGUUUCCCUCCGUACUGGUGCGACUGGCCGGCCGAAAGACCGCCAUCGUCGAUGAGUUCAACGCUUAUGUCCGUCCCACGCUGAAUCCGAUCUUGCCCCAGUUCUCCAUUGAGCCACGGCUGCAGACAUCUGGGUCACAUGUUGUAUAA